UCGUUCAUUGGCACCAACUUCGCCGGGCAGCAGCAUUUGCUCCGCUUAUUGCCCUGCUUUGUUGCUGACCAUGGCUUGGUCCUCCUCUGCGCUGCUGUUCACCUUCACCUUCAUCGGCUUUGUGGCGGAUGCAGCGAUCGUGGAGCACACCUUCCGUGUUGGAAAUCUGACUCUGACACGGCUGUGCGAAGAGAGAGUGGUGACUGCAGUGAACGGCCAAAUGCCAGGCCCGACGAUAGAUGUCAACGAAGGUGACACGCUGGUCGUCCAUGCCAUCAACGAAUCGCCCACCAACAUGACGAUUCACUGGCACGGCGUGUACCAGAGGCUGAGCGCUUGGGCUGACGGGCCAAACAUGGUCACUCAGUGCUCGGUACGCCCCGGGAACAACUACACCUACAGGUUCAACGUCACGGGCCAAGAAGGCACGCUUUGGUGGCACGCCCACUUCUCCCUCCUCCGGGUUACGGUCUAUGGAGCCCUCAUCAUCCGUCCCAGAGGCGGCGCUGCGGCCUUGCCCUUCUCCCCGCCCGACUAUGAAGCCAACAUCUUACUCGGGGAGUGGUGGAACGCCAAUCCGAUCGAUGUGUUGAACGCGGCCUACGUUACCGGUAGUGCCCCCAACGUCUCCGAUGCAUUCACCAUCAAUGGCCAGCCCGGCGACUUGUACAAUUGCUCCAAGAAGCACACCUACAAGCUCGAAGUCGUUUCCGGGAAGACCUACUGGCUCCGGAUCAUCAACGCUGCAGUCAAUGGUCAGUUCUUCUUCAAGGUUGCCGGGCACAACUUCACGGUUGUCGCCGUGGACGCCACCUACACCAAGCCUUACGAGACCGACGUGGUGGUCAUCGCCCCCGGCCAGACGGUGGACGCUCUCAUGGUCGCCAACGCCGCCCCGGGCAACUACUACAUGGCCGCCCGCCCCUACAUCAGCGCAGGUCCUGAAGGCCCACCCGUCGACCUCAGCACCACCACCGGCAUCGUCAAGUACGCGUCCGUCAACAGUUCUUCUGCCCCCCUGAUGCCGGCCUUGCCGGGCCUCUACGACACCCCGACCGCCCACCGAUUCUACACCAACCUGACCGCUCUCGUUAGGCCGGGGGAUCCCACCGUCCCUCUCGCCGUGGAUGAGGAGAUGUUCGUCACCAUCGGGUCGGGCAUCGUUCCCUGCUCACCGCCACAAUUUCUGUGCAACAAGACCACGGGGUCAGCAUCCGCCAGCAUGAACAACGUAUCGUUUGUGUUCCCCCCCACGACGCCGUUUCUGGUGGCACACUAUAACAAUUUGAGCAUAUACAAGACCGACUUCCCCGACAACCCGCCGGUGUUCUUCGACUUCACGAACCCCGCCGUGAACACCGACCCGGCUCUGCGGCCGCUGCGCAACACAGUCCAAGACAUCAGGUUGAAGAAGGUGAAGUACAACGCGACGGUGGAGAUAGUGCUGCAGAACACGGCGAUAGAGGGGGCGGAGAACCACCCGAUACACCUCCACAGCUUCAACUUCUUUGUGCUCGCGCAGGGCUUCGGAAACUACAACGCGACGGCGGCGGUGAGCAGCUUCAAUCUGGUGGACCCGCAGGUGAGGAACACCAUCGCUGUGCCCGCGGGCGGAUGGGCCGUCAUCCGAUUCGUCGCCAACAACCCAGGUGUAUGGUUCAUGCACUGCCAUUUCGACAUCCACUUGGCUCUUGGUUUGGGGACGGCUUUCUGGGUGGAGAACGGCAACACCCCGGACUCCAUUCUGCCCCCACCGCCUCCGGACUACCCCACUUGUUAAUUGGGAGAAGCCACCGCGGACGGAGACCGACCAGAUAGCGAACGAGCUUCCCUGUCAGGCCUUCACUCACUGCAGAUUCAUCGUUCUCGCCAUUUUUCUACUCUUUUCUGUCUACGCCAAAUGUGUUGGGCGACCGAGAUCGAGAAACAACAAUAUCCAAUAAUUUGUUGCAAGUGAUUUUGUUUGUAUGUGAAGAUACAAUAAGCAUUCUCCGCUUAGGCGAAGGUCUAAGAAAAGUUCAAUUUGAGAUC